CUCGGAACAACUAAGACUGCUUGCAAACAGAGCCCCUGAGCUUUCAAACAAAACAAAAUAAAGAGUUGGAGGAAAUUUCGUAAGUGGCAAGUCCCUCCUGCAGUUGCUUUCUGCCAUGGAAUUGACCAAAAUGACAGACAUGACAAAGCUCCACCAAGCUGUGGCUGCGGGAGACUACAAUUUAGUGAAAAAGAUUUUAAAGAAAGGUCUCUGUGACCCAAACUACAAGGAUGUGGACUGGAAUGACCGGACCCCACUUCACUGGGCUGCAAUCAAAGGACACAUGGAUGUGAUGCACCUCCUGUUUGAAUAUGGAGCCAGGCCCUGCCUGGUAACUGAUGUGGGCUGGACUGCAGCUCAUUUUGCAGCUGAGUCAGGCCAUCUGAAUGUGCUCAAAGCUCUGCAUGGAUUGCAUGCUGCCAUCGAUGCCCCUGACUUCUUCGGAGACACUCCAAAGAGGAUUGCACAGAUCUAUGGGCAGAAAGCCUGUGUGGCAUUCCUGGAGAAGGCUGAGGCUGAGUGCUGGGAGCACCGCCAUGCUGCCCACCUGAAAGGGCUACCACUGGAUCAGCGGGACAAAGACUGGGAUGCCAAGAAAAGGGAGCUGGAGCGAUCUCUUCCUGUCCCUGGUCAAAAGAGUAAUAAGAAAAACAAUAAGAAGAAUCGACGCCUUGCCUGGUUCAGUAAUACCAAGGAGAGGAGAGUGUGAGAAGGUGGGAGCCUCUGUAAAGCAGCUGGAGGAAAUCGAACCUAUUUUUUAUGGCAGGAUAUUUCCCCUGUCACCAGACUAGAGGUUGUUAGGAAUGUGUUGAUUUUACUCAUAGACCAUUACCUAGCUAGCUUCCACCAGUAGUUCAUGAUCUGUCAGUUGAUCUGGUUCUUGCUAAUGCCUUCCAUCCACAAGAAACACCAGGAGGGGAUAAAUGUAGGCUGCUUGCAUUUUGUUCAUCAGUGAUUUGCACUGUCGGUAUCUUCCAACCCCUCAUAGUCAAUUAAAUAAUAAUAAGGAAACUUGAAUUUUUUCAAUGCAAAAAAAAGUGACAACAAAAUCCUCCAAAUCUCCAGCAUACUCAGUUCAAUCUAUGGGUAAAAAAAAGUGUUUAUGGUCAUAUAGACAAAUAUAUUUGCAAGUUUCCAGCUAUUUUUUUUUUUUUUCUUUCGUGUGAUAGAGACCCCAAUCCCAGCAUGGGCUUCAUUAUCCCUGAUCAUUUCUACAUAGGAGGAACAGUCUGGACAUUGGAGACCAGCUCAGGGAGAAAAAACUAAAAACCCUGACAUGAAUGAAUUUCAUCCCAUAUAAUAAUAAGAAAGCAUAAAGUAAUGGAAAAUUUGAUUACAGUUCUGCUUUUUCAACCGUAAAUUUUAUGAACUCUUAAUACAGAUUAGGUAUUUCCAAAGAAAAUAUGGCAUCCAAAUUUUGAUGUGUAUAAUGUCAACUACACAUAAGAGGUUGAAGACAGUGCAAAAAAUAAUGUAAAGUAUCUCAUUAAUAAUAUUUCAUGUUGAUUACAAGUUGAAAUGAUAAUGUUUUGGGUAUUGGGCUAAAUAAAAUAUAUCAAAAUGAAUUUUAUCUCUUUUUACUUUUUAAAACAUGUGGCUACUAGAAAGUUUAAAAUUACAAAUGUGGCUUACAUUUUGUUGCUAUUGGGCAGCACUGCUAUAAAACCCAGGCAACACGUAAGGCCUCCAUCAGGGGACUGGUCUAGUGCGUUUUACUUUAAUUGGCUACUCCACAUCCUAGGUUUACUAACUAUACUGGUUUGGAGCUGUUAUGUAACCAGAAAAGACUAUGUUAUUUUAAUCCAUUCUUGUGGGGGCAGGCCCAUUGUUUGGUGGGACCUUUUGCUGAGGUUGUUUCCAUGGAGUUGUGACCCAGCCCUUUCAAGAUGGGUCUUAAUCCCCUUUCUUGAGUCUUUUAUGAGAGGAUAAAAGGCAGAGACAUUUUGGAGAGAGCUCAGAGAAG